GCAGAGCUGGGCUUCUGCGUCCCGACGGUGAGCUGCGGCCGGACCCGGCAGGCAGGCGGGCGGAACCGGGCCGGUGGUUUUGCUGCGGGGCAGUCGUGCUGGGCUUCGGGCCGCGCCAUGGACUCGUGUGUCCAGCCGGAGUUCCAGCCUCACUGAGCCAGCCACCCUUGAGAGCUUCCUGCCAAGGAAGUGCCCCCAAGCAUUGACCAUGUCUAUUAUGGACCACAGCCCGACCACUGGUGUGGUCACGGUCAUUGUCAUCCUCAUUGCCAUUGCUGCGCUGGGGGCCUUGAUCCUGGGCUGCUGGUGCUACCUGCGAUUGCAGCGCAUCAGCCAGUCCGAGGAUGAGGAGAGCAUCGUGGGGGAUGGCGAGACCAAGGAGCCCUUUCUGCUGGUGCAGUAUUCAGCCAAGGGACCGUGUGUGGAGAGGAAGGCCAAGCUGAUGACGCCCAAUGGCCCAGAAGUGCACGGCUGAUCUGGGCUAUGAGGCUCCUGGUCCUGUCUGCAGCCAGCUGAGAGGCGCCGGGAGAGCAGAACAGUCAUGCUGCUGUUGGAGAGGAAGGGUUGACACUUGCUGGCUUAGCCUCAGCAGGCUUCAUCAUCGCAUGCUCUGACUCUGGAGGCCUGGCUGUCUUGGGCUUCCCCUUGGCCUCCUGGUGGGGCUGCCCAUUGCAGGCAGUGGGUAGGCCUGACCUUGCUGGGGCUUAUGGCCCCGUAGAGCUUUCGUUACUUGAAUGUUUAGCUGAGCCUGUUUUUGACGGAGCUACUACUGUAAUGCGUGAAUUAACAAACCUGUGAACUGUAAAUAGGCCCCAGAAGCACGUGCUUAAGCCUUUUUGCUGAUUUUUUAAAAUAUCACUUAGAGCACAUGGGAGGAACUGGUUUGAUUAGGACUGUACUCAUGAUGAGCUGACUCAAGACCAUGGUGGGUCUUGGAGUUUAAGACCCAAGCUGCACUUGGUGGGGGCUCUGGUAUCUAUCUCUAUAUCUAUCCGUGUAAAGGAAGUGAGGUAUAAAGUGUUAGGUCUCAUAGUUGACUAGUUGGGGUGCUUUGGUGAAUUUUGCUUAGUAUUGGGUCAAAGAAGAACACCACCCCUCCCUCCAUUCAGGGGAUGCAGAUACUAAAUAGCAGCGCCUGUUGAUGGCGUUAUUGCAAGGAAGCUACUGUACCUGCUUGGAAGCCUGUGAAGGACGCAUCAGGGUAUGCAUCCUGAGAGCUGCCAGGCAGCUUGGUAGCAGAGCAGUUUCCUGUCCCUUUGGUCUUGUGCAUGCUGAGUACACCCCCUUAGCUCAGGCUUCAUAGAAGCACCAGAGCCCAUUGCCUUCUGUCUGAAACCCAAAUGGCCCUGGAGAGGAAACUUUUUUUUUGUAUUUAAUUUCUGCACUGGUGAGAUGGAGGAGGUUGCUGUUGAGUGUGGCCAUCCCUUUAUCCCCUUUUUGAAAGUUAGCUUCCUUUCCUCUGAUGACCUACCUGCUGGGUAUUGGAUUUCACUUUCCUGGGGGUGGGGGGUGGGGCGCUGUGUAGAUGGUCACGUGGCCCCAACUCAGCUCUCAAGGCACCAUGUGCAGUGGAAGGGCAUUCUUUUGUGCAGUCACAUUCACACAGGAGCCACCAGAUGCUCCCUGCCAGUCUGUACUUAGUGCAGGGAUUGGGGGAGGGGUGGGAAUGAGUUCUAGUGUAGGUUCUCACAGAUGAGAACUUGGUAGCUCUAUCAAGCCCACACCUUGACAGCUGCAUCUGAGUUGUCCUUUGUGUGUUUCACUGAGCUCCCUUAAGACUUUUAACUGCAUGUGUCUUCUAAAUAUCCUGAUUCAAACAUGACAUGCUUUGGCAUCCUGGAUAAUGAGCCAGAGGCCAGCCCAGGUUUAACCUCAGGGCACUGGCCCUAUAUACUUGUACCAGCUGCAAACAGCAUAGCCAGGGAGCACAGAGGUCAGGCCUCUUUGCCAGGCUUGAGGCAUCCUCUCCAAAAAGCAUGUUAACUAAUCCUCUUUCCAGAACCCCUGUGGGGAGCUACAGGGAGCACUUAUAUUUUAGCAACAUUAAAUAACGACUUGGGGUGGGACAGGGGUAGCUAAUGGGGCCACUGUAUUGAAAGUAGUACUGAAGCACUAGAGUUGGGCUCCUGAGGACCCUUAGGAAUGGGAGAAAAUGCCUUUGGUCAGGGGGGGAAGAGGUGAGGACCAGUUGGACAAGCAAAGGCAGCACAGGCUAAGGUGGGCAGGGUGCAUGGUGGUGCCAGCAGUGGGCCAGCCACUGUGAUAGGACCUUGGAGAGGGGACAGGGGGCCCAAAGGUGCCAGCUGGUGAUGUGAAGGAGGUAGUUGGAAAAGGCUGAGGCUUUUGAUCAUCCCCUCCCAUUUCAGAAUUUCCAGGCUUUCUACCUCUAUUCAAGUAGCCAGCAGCAUAAGCAUAGGCUAUUUGUUCUUGUCCAUGGAGUGGCUGGGAUUUGCAUUUUUUGAGCCUGGCCUGUGCUCCACUGUCAGGCUUUACUUGCAGUGUUUACUGUGCCAGUGAAGUUUUGGUUUUUGAAACAAUCAGAUGUGGCUUUUUCAUCAGUUUCACUUUUAGAGAUUUUCUCACCCCAACCCCCUGGUGGCCUGCAACAUCUAUGGAGCUUGAUUUGGGCCCAUCAAAGUGUAAAAGCACAGGAUGGGUGAAGCAUGGUGUGGUCGUUGGAAGACGAAAUGCCCAGAGAACUGGUGUACAUCACAGAACAGCCCUCCCUGUUAAUGUUUAUCAGUAGCCCCACUUUAGGAGACCUCACCACACUCAGAUGAUUAGUAAGUCAUGACCUCUCUUUGGAUUUUUUCUUAAUAGCCCCAUUGUUACACCUAAGUUUUCUGAGUAGCCAGGAAAUUAACCUUUCAUCCUUUGUAUCAUGGCAGAGGCAGCAGCAGGGGAGUGGGGGAAGGAACUCUUGACAUUGAGCCACUAAAUUAUAGACAAAUUCUUCAGACCGCUCUUCAGAUGGACUGUGCUACUGUUUUUGUCUCAAAGAUACCAAGUUUGUGCAAUAAGUAGAAGGGAUGUCAUCCCUGUCAAUAAAAGCUGAGUAACAUUGAAGUUCAUUUUUUAGACCACUGAGAAAAUCUUUAUUUACAGUAAGUUUCAAUAAAAUUUGCAUAAAUAUA